GGCAGAGGAAUUGUUGUCGAGUCUCCACACAAGAGUUUAUUUCGCUAUUUAGAUAAUCCAGCGAGUUGCGAAACAACUACUACCUGAGCUAUUCGCAGGAGGAUUCAGCCUCGUCGUGCACACGGUAGAGAUGUCGGUCGCGCCUCCCAAUCGCUCGGCCGCCGGCUGGCCGCGCGGCGGUGCCGUUCAGUUUGGGAACAAAUACAUCAGCGGGCCUGCGAAGGCGCUCUCGCUGGAGAGGACCAUCAACCUAUACCCUCUAACCAACUACACAUUCGGCACCAAGGAGCCUCUGUAUGAGAAGGACAGCUCGGUGGCUGCCCGGUUCCAGCGGAUGCGGGAAGAGUUUGAUAAAAUGGGGAUGCGGAGGACAGUGGAGGGUGUCCUCAUUGUCCAUGAACACAGGCUGCCUCAUGUGUUACUGCUGCAGCUGGGCACCACUUUCUUCAAACUACCCGGGGGAGAGUUGACUGCUGGAGAAGAUGAGGUGGAGGGUCUGAAACGCCUGAUGACGGAGAUCCUUGGAAGGCAAGAUGGCGUGAAGCAGGAAUGGGUGAUUGACGACUGUAUCGGCAACUGGUAUCGUCCAAACUUUGAGCCUCCACAGUAUCCGUAUAUUCCCGCUCACAUCACCAAACCCAAGGAGCAUAAGAAGCUAUUCCUGGUGCAGUUACAGGAAAAAGCGCUGUUUGCCGUCCCCAAGAACUAUAAACUGGUGGCGGCACCUUUGUUUGAACUGUAUGACAACGCUCCUGGAUAUGGACCAAUCAUUUCCAGUCUACCACAGCUAUUGAGCAGGUAUAGUUUAUGUCAUUGUGGAACUAGCCUGAAUUGAACUGAUACCCUUGGUUUUUCUGUUUUUUUCUUCUUUUCUUUUCUUAACUGUCACUGGCUAAAUUUAAACGUGGCCCUGGAAUAAAAUGUCAACACAUAAACUGUCUGAAUCAAGGAUUUGCUAUGUGAAACUGUUGACGACCUGUAUACUCUGUAAUUUUCUUACUAUUCAAUCGGCUUGUAACGUUCAUGUUUUGAAAUGUAACAUAAUAAACAUUUUAUCAACACAGUGAAAGCACAAUGAGUAUAGAGACUACUAAAGAGUUUUUUAGAUAGUAUCCAUCCUUCUGAAGUAUCUGAAUACAACACCGAAGACUCAACCACAGCUUAUCUAUCAAAGCCAGGAGAAGUAAUACAAGAUGUAUACAUUAACACACUAUUUGCAGAUAAAGAGUCUAGUUAAAAAAUAACAAAUAUGCACUAAAGUGUGCAGGAGUGUCACUUUUUAUCCAAGUUGCACACACUUUUGGUGUAUUUUGGCUUUAAAUUUAAUCUGAAAAUGAUUUUAUGUAAAGCGAUAAAUUAAUACUGCAAAAGGGAUACGUUAGUGCUGGAGUAGUCCUUCAGAGCAGGAAUUGACUCUUCCAUGAUCUCUAAAACUUAAAGGGUCAGUGUGUAGCAUUUCAGUUGACCUUUUAGCAGGAAUGGAAUAUACUAUUUUUACCGAUGUUUCUAUUGGUGUGUAAUUAAUUCAAACUAAGACUUAUUGUGUUUUCUUUAGCGUCAAAUGAUUCUGUAUCUACUCGGGGAGCAGGUUCUCUUCAUGUAAUCCAUGUUUCUACAGUAGCCCAGAACAGACAAACUGAACACUGGCGCUUUAACGUUGCUCAAAGGCCACCGUGGUUCUCUGACACGCUCUCGAAACGGCAAAACGGUGGACCAGAGGGUGUAAAACCAGGUCCCACCAGCAGCCGUCUGACUUCCGUUGCUCCUAAAGUCAAGUCAUGAUGGUAAGGAUGGUCUCCGAGUAAGGGGAGCAGCAUUUGGCUGUUCCGUAACUCCAGUCUUGGAAAGGGAGGCGUUAGUGGAGGGAUAUUCAGUUGGUAACAAUCUGCUGCCAGACCCGUUAGAUGCCACUAAAUCCUACACACUGUCCUUUUAAAGGUUCCCUGUGGGCUUUUCUUGUAUGUUUACACUCACUUUUUUUCACAAACACAUUGUGUAUCUUUGAGAUAAAACAAAUGUGUUUAAUGCAGGAUUUGAUUUUCACCCCAACAAAAAAAACCUGCUCAAACUCCACAGUUUACCAUAGUUUUAACAUAAAAAAUAAGAUAAUACUUAAUGUUGCAUUGCCAUUAUUGUGAAAAUCAUUAACUGGAUCUUGAAUAAUUAUCUUUUUAUAGGUUCAACAUCAGUUACAACUAACUAGAAGUACGUCUGGCUGUCUCCGUGAGUGCAGUCGUGUGUGAGUGAAGAUACUUCUCAUCUUUAGCUCAACUUUCACAAAAGAAAAGCUUGUCAUGUUACACAAGGGGUGUUUUUACUAUUCGAAGAAGAAAAUUAAAAAUGUCAUGCGCCUUUUAUACAUUGAGAAACUGCUUGUUUUGUACUUUGCAAGUCUCUAUUCCAGUGCGUGUUUAUCAGAUUUUAUGUUCAGAAAAGGCUAAUGUUGGAUUAAACAAACCACAUCAUUGUGUUUCAUGUUUUAACCUGUGACGAUGCUGUUUUUUUCCUUUUUAAUAAAGCAGUCUGUUUUUUUAUAA